CCAUAUAUACGAUGAUGUGUUAUCAAUAGCUGGCGAUACAAUACUUCUUGAAAUGGCAGUGCGAUUGUGGAAGAGUUAUAUAGAUUUCGUGGCUAAAUAUCCUCUGAAGUCGCAAGCUUACUCAUCAGGUGUUUUGUUCUUCAUUGGUGACGUGGUAGCUCAGCAGGUCGUUGAAAGGAAGGGAAGUAACCACAAUCCAUAUCGCACAGUUAGACAGACCGUAUUUGGACUAGUCAUUGCUGGGCCUGCGUUAAGAGGAUGGUACGUGUUACUCGAUAAAAUAUACAAAACAUCUAGACCACAGACUGCGGCAUUGAAGAAAAUGGUCACUGAUCAGAUUAUCAUGGCUCCUCUGUUUAUAUUUACAUUUUUCACCGUCAUGGGAUGUGCGAGUGGUAAAUCCUUACAAAAGAUUAAAGACAAAGUACGUCAGGACUAUUUUGACACAGUCAUUGCUAACUAUAAAGUAUGGCCGGCAUUCCAGCUGAUUAAUUUUUACUUCAUCCCACUGCAACACAGGGUAUUAUUUGUGAACACUGUGGCAUUAUUUUGGAACACAUAUCUAGCCUGGAAAACAAACAUAGAUAUUGCACCACAAGAUAAGGUCAGCCCAGAUGGACAGAUGAUCUUGGACUAA